AUGUCCAGGAAAUCUGAGUUACAUGCAGUAAAUCUAAGGAAUAAUUCUAUAUCAGUAUCUAAUGCCCGAAUAGCAGCAUUCGAAUUCCCGGGGAGUUUAUCGAUGGCGAACAGUACAACAUUAUCAUCGUUACCAACAAUUCCAGACAUAUCAUCUUCCGUGUUCCCAAUACGGAAUUUUUCGUCGGAACAGUUAACAUCAAUGGAUGAUUAUAUGCGGUAUUUGGGUUUCUCUCAACAGUCACCAUCUAUUACUGCUGCACCGCAAUUUGCAUUUUAUGCACAUUUAAAUAUGCACACUGACUCACGACUCGACUUGAAAGCUAACCCUUCCAGCAGCAAUGGCGACUCCAAAUUUUCUGUACAGCUCCGAUCGCAGCAGGCGCGACGAAAGCCCCGCGUUUUAUUUACGCAAUCUCAGGUGAGUGAGCUGGAAGAGCAUUUCAAAUUGCAGCGAUAUGUGAAUGCAGCAGAACGAGAGCGAUUGGCAGCGACGUUGGGACUAACUCCCACACAAGUCAAAAUUUGGUUUCAAAAUCGACGCUACAAAUGUAGACGGAUGGAACUGGAUCAGACGUUACAAUUCUCAUCCCAAUUAAUUCUAAAUCACAGUUCACCUGCUUUUAUACGUUCAGUACAUUCAACUGAGCUCUGA